UUCAGUGAACGCUGGUCGUUCCCGCGGUCGAUAUAAAAACAAAAAAUAAAACGUUACUACCUUCAAAUUUUAACAUCUAACAAAAUGUUUAUAAAAAUUUUAACACAGUUAAAUAGGGUGAUUGUACUUUGAGUCGUAUAAUUAAAUAUACAUUAAAAUUAGUAUUCAAAACAGUUAAAUAUAUUAUUAAUUGAGUUGUGAAUUACAAUGGUGCACAAGUUUAAAAUUGAAUCUGCGGAUGGACCAGCAAUAAGUCGAUUGAGAUCAGUCACAUCGCAGGUGGUAGCAUGCAUGUCUCCAAACCUACUGCUGCUGGACCUGGGCAUGGCCAUCAGCUUCUCAACCAUCGCGGUGCCAGACCUCCUGAACGCUCCGGAAGGCCUUUCUCUAGAUGAACGACAGGCUUCGUGGUUCGGAAGCGUAGCUUUCCUAGCUCAGCCAAUCGGAGCACUGCUCUCCGGUCCCAUGGUAGACUACUGCGGUCGCAAGAAGGCCAACUUCAUCGCCAACCUACCUCAUGUCUGCGCGUGGCUUCUCAUGUUUUUCUGUUGGAACCUGCCCACGCUAUUCUUGGCCAACAUCCUGCUUGGAUUUGGCACUGGAGUCAUGGAAGCGCCAAUCAAUUCGUACGUUGGAGAAGUAAGUGAGCCAACCAUCCGAGGAGCGCUAUGCACGCUCUCGCAGCUGUUUACGUCCAUCGGAGUGUUCGUGAUGUACUUCCUGGGCACCGUGGUGGACUGGCGGAGGGCGGCGCUCAUCUGCCUCGUGGCUCCCGUUCUCUCCAUGCUUCUUAUUCUAUUGGUCCCGGACACUCCAGUUUGGCUGCUAGUCCACAGACGUGAGAAGGAAGCUCUCAAGUCUCUGUGUUAUCUCCGAGGCUGGACUACACCCGAGAAUGUUCGCGAGGAGUUCGAUGACCUCGUCGUCUACUCUAAGACUUUACAGCAAUGCGUCAUCUGCCAACAAACUAAUGACAAUAAGAUUCCGACUGACUGUGAACAUGACAAAAUGAAUAUUAUUAGGAGGAUGACACUGAAGUUCAGAUACGUAAUGUUGUGCAAGGAGACUCUUCGACCAUUGCUGCUCGUGUUUUUAUACUUCACGUUCCUGGUGAUGAGCGGGCUGGCCCCAACGAGGCCAAACAUGGUCAACGUAUGUGGAGCCUUUGGAAUGGCAGACGAUGGAAAAAACAUAGUGCUUAUGGUCGGCAUACUGACCCUAGUCACUAGCAUCGUGACGAUUGGGUUCAUCAAAAUCUUUGGAAAACGGAAACUGGCACUUUUAGCCAUGCUCGGCGCUGCCAUUUCCUGCGCAGCUCUCAGCGCCUACGCUAGGAACAACAUUCAAGAUUCGGUCUUCUCCUAUGACACUGAUACGUUUCCUGACAAGAAGAGUUAUGUGCCGCUCGUAUUGUUCUAUAUGAUCGCCAUUUUUAACGGAUUUGGAGUGCCAUGGGUGCUGCUUGGAGAAGUGUUUCCAUUUAGGAGUCGAGCUACUGCUCAAGGAAUAGCAGCGGCGCUCAACUACGUAGUUACCUUCCUUGCUACUAAAACAUUCAUCGACUUGGAGACAAACACAUAUCUAUGGGGCACAUAUGCUGUAUAUGCCACAUUUAGCUUUCUAGGAACUAUAUAUUUAUACUUCUUUUUGCCGGAAACAGAGGGGAAGAGUUUACAGGAAAUUGAAUCGUAUUAUAAUGGGAAACUUAAAACCUUCGCCGAUGAUCCCGUUAUCAACCUUUUUAAGAGAUUCAAGAGAUAGUCUUUUUGGUUUCAAAUUAUUUAUUCCAUUACAGAGAUCAAGACUUAAUAUAUUCGUUGAACUUAUCGAGACUAAGAAUUUGUUGGUUCUUUCUGCCGAGCUUGUCUUGAAAUUUAUGCCAAAUAUAUUUAUAUAUUUUUGAGCAACCAAUAUUGAAACAACAGACGUUGCAAAGAAAUACCUACGAUGUAAGUAAUGCAAAGGACAGUAAGUCGAAUCGUGAUUAGGUAUGAAUUUUAUAUUCAAGUAGCAAGUUGCUGUUUUUAUUUAUUUUUUUAACUAGUGUCUUUAGUUUAAUUUUACUAUAAUGUUAUAACUAGUUUCCCAUGUUGUUUGCAUGUUGCAGUCGAGAAUUAGUUAUUAACGAAACUGCAUAACAUCUGUCUUUAAUAUUAAAGAAUUAUGAACUGUU